AUGGGCGCCGUCCUCAUGAUCAUUGGCGGCAUGGGCUUGAAGGAAUCUCGCGAGUGGGAUGAAGAAGCAUCCGAAGACGCGCCUGCGUGCCAACGUUUUCGAUUGAAGACCUUGGCGACAGGGAUGCUGUCUGGGAUGCAUCCUGAUGCUCUCUUAUUGUGCAUACCGGCACUAACCUUGUCAACGAGGUCAGCUGGCCUGAUUUUCCUCGCUUCCUUUGCAGCUGGUUCUGUGCUAGCGAUGGGUGGCUUUACUGCAGCCCUCCAGGCUGCUUGCAAAUCACUAGGUCAAAAAGCAGUGCGGCGAACCUCCUCAAUCGCUUCGGUACUUGCUCUGAGUUUGGGAGCCGUAAUUUGUGUUUCCGUGGCGCUAUAG